AUGACGAUGCCGUCACUGUCAGGCUUACCCGGCUCAGACCCGUCAGCGUCGCGAGCCAGCUCGUCUCUACCCAUCCGUCCGCUUGUUCACGUCGCCAACUUACCCAGCACAACGACAGAGCGUGCGCUGCGAGACAUGUUUGCCUCCCUCGGGCCGAUUCAGUCGGUCAAAGUGGUUGCGAGUCGUAACUCAGCUGGCCUUGCCUAUGGCUUCGUCGAGUUUGUCGACGUCUCUUCGGCCGAGCGCGCUGUUCGCACCUUGGAUGGUUGGCUCUGCUUCGGCAUCCCCAUCAAGGUGUGCUGGGCUAAGCAAAGCAUGCAUCCAGAGGCCAUGACCGUGACCGAGCCUGAUCGAAGCGCGCCGACACACAGCAACGCUGGUAAUGCGCACCUCUUCGUCGGCGACUUGUCGCCAGAUGUAGACGACUCCAUGCUAUACUCGUCCUUCUCAAGACUCCCUUCUUUAGUAGACGUCCGCGUCAUGUACGAUGCAGAGACGGGCAAGUCUCGUGGGUUUGGCUUUGUCAGCUUUCGCAGCAAGCGCGACGCAGAGACUUGCAUCGCCACCAUGCAAGGGCAGUGGCUCGGCGGCCGACAAAUCCGCGUCAACUGGGCCAACCAGAAGAUUAGCCAGCUCUCGAUCAUGUCCGCCACCGCUGAAUAUCCUAGCAGCACGCCACACCCGCAGUAUCCCGGCGCCUACAGCCAGCUUGAUCCAUUCGACUCGACCGUGACGAGUACGGCAUCGUUCUUCCCGCCUGUAGCUGAUCUCGGCCUUCCCGGCUUGCCGAGGCGACACACCACCACAGGACCGACGAAGUUCCCCAGCGGCACGGGCGCAAAGCUCCACUUCGACCAGGUGCUCAGCGAGGCGCCGGCGAGUGUGUCGAGCGUGUACGUGGGGAACUUGUCGCCGCUCACGACGGCCGCCGACCUGGUGCGUGUCUUCGCACCAUUUAACCGCGGCCACUCGGUCGAGGCGCGUAUCCCGCCCGCACGCGGCUACGGCUUCGUCACGCUCGCCACACACGAGUAUGCCGCGAGCGCCAUCUCCACACUUUCCAAUCAGGGCGUCUUCCUGCACAGCCGCUGGCUCCGCUUAGGCUGGCAAAAGGAGCGCGAAAAGCCUCCGCUCGAACAUCGCUCCGAGUCCUUACCGUUGCAACAAGCGCGCCAUCCACAUUGA